AUGAAUAUUUAUAUAGCCCGCGCCUGGGCCCCGCCCCCUCCCGGGCUCGCCAAUCGCCGGGCGGCGGGGCGGGGCCAGCGCGUUCUCAGGGCUGGGCCUCCCUUAAGGAAGUCCGCGGCUUCGGCGCUGCUCUGCGGGAUUGGGGCGGGUGCAGAGUUUGGUGACUUUGGGACCGACCGCGCCGACGGAGUGAGCGUUCGCCGGACGGUCCCCGCAGAGCUCAUGCGGCUCCCAGUCCAGACCCGGCCCCGCGCGCUCCCUGCGCUGGCCCUGGAGGGCGUGGGGAGCCCAGCGACCGCCCGCGGCGGCUCCAGACCCCCGGCUGCGGCCCAGGGACGCUCAGAGCGGUGCGGGCCUGGAAAAGCGGGGCCAGCAGUGCGACUCCUAUUGCGGCCAGGUGGCCAGGACGGCCCAGGAGUGCUUGCGAGCCCCGUGUGCGAGCUGAGGAUUUUGCUGUUUGUCAGAUUUCACGCCAGGAACAAGUGGAACUGGAGAACAAAAGUUGCGCGGAGACGUGCUGCAGGCUCGCUCCCGGCCACGCGGGCCCUGGCGGCGGGGCAGGCAGGCGCCGUGUCUACAGAAACAGCCUCGACGUGCGGACACCUCUGCCCCGCUGGGCGUCCGGGCCUCUGCGCUCUGCAGCCCGCUGGCUCUGCGCUCCCACGCGGCGGGGGAACGGGCAGCCCCCGUUCUCCCUCUGAGCGGCGCCCACGGAGCACCCCGCACGGGGGAGCAGAGCCGAAGCCUCCUGCGCUCCAGCAGCCGGUUCUCGGCGGGGGCCGGGAGGACGAGCCAAGGCCUCUGCUCCGCCGCAGCGCCAGCGUGGGCGUCCGGACGUGGACAGCCACCAACCUCCGACCGCCCGGGUGCCCGCAGGGCCGUGCCCCACAGUGCUGGGCGCAGCCACCGCCGGGCCCGACCCCGGCGACCCGGGAGGCAGCGCCUCUGCACUGCGCAAGCGCGUCUGCCCGGCCAGCCCGGGCUGGGAGGAGCCAGCUUCCCCGCAGAGCGCGCAGGGCCAGGCUUUUACGGUUUUUCCUCAGCAGGGAAAUGUCAAAUACGAAAGUUUAGAGUUACCGGAUAGAAAUCGAGUAGUUAGAGACAGAACGAAGCUGGAGGAUAUGGCGUGUGGAAAGUUUGGGUCAGAAUAUUAAAUUCACAUGAAAUAACAAGCGAAGUUGAGCCUUUCCAAAGCCAUGGAUAUUUGGAGCAGACUGGUUUGAGGCGUCAAGCCACAUUCAAAGUUAAUGAAAAUUUACUCUUAAUUGAGGAAAUAGGAGAACAGCACUAUUGAAGGGCCGCUCUGUUUCAGAGUAAGGGCGUGAGGAGCCGGCGAGCGCGUGCAACGACAGGUACAGUGAAAGGAGGCUCAGUGUAAGAAGACAGGGUUAGGAGAAGCCGGGAGAGUCUCGGGCGGCAAGACGAAGUUGCUGGUCCCCCACGCUGCUGCGAAGGUGUGGCAGACAAGGAGCCCACAAUUCUCUUUAACCACAGGUCCCCAUUGACCUGAAAACUUUGAAGUAUGCCCGGGACGCAUUUUAUAUGCCAACCAUAGCGAAACCAAAAGACUGACAUUUUCAUCUGGAGAAGAAAAGCUUAGCAAACACGGAAUACCCCUGAGAGUCCCAAGAGUGUCCUACUGACAGCUAAGCUUUUCUGGGACAGUUGUGAGGUCGGCACUCCAUGGUGGAGCAGCUGCCUGUCAUCCCCAAUGGCCGGGUUCCAGCCCCAGUGCCACAGAGCAAGGGAGUGGAUGGUGUAUGCUCAGCGUGCGUGUGCUCUGUAUCCACCGUUGCUCGCUGCUUGGCAUGCUCAUUCCUGUGAUCUCAGCAUGGGGAGGAGGGGUCAGGGGCCCAGAAAUUCAACACCAUUCUUGACAACAUCACAAGUUGGAGGCCAGGCUUGAUUCCAUGAGUCACUCACUGUCUUAAAAAUGAAACACAACACAAGCAGGUCUUGACGUAAGAGAGGACCUAAAAUACACCAAUAAAAUUAUAG